UUAUAUAUCAUCAAAACUGACAAAGAGAGUACCAGUCACAAAUCAUUUUAAAAAAAUAUAGUCAUUCCCAUCACUAAUAAAAAAUAUUUUUUCAAUAGUAAAAUCCAAAAAAUUACCAUAUGGUUAAGAAAAUACACAAAUCUUUCGAAGUAGGGAGCGACUCGAACAAUAUCCAAGCAGAUGUCAUCAUAUUGGGAUGCAGCCUCCCGGGUAUCGUUACUGCACACAAACUCAAGAAGAAAUUUGGAAACACCAUGGAUAUUGUAGUUCUUGACAUAGCUGGAACUCCUAAAAUGAUAUCUAAGUGCAACGUGUCUUUUUUAACAGAUGAAGAAGAAGAGGAAACGAUGGAGUCAACUGAAGAAGAAGAAGAAGACAAUACCGAAAUACACGCUAACGACAGCAUGGCACGGCACUUCUUAACAAAGUAUGCCAAAGAACUAAAUAUCCCACUGCCAGAAUGCAUCUUGGGCCCUUACAGUAAACCGAAUCUGAACAAACUCUUUCAACAUAGAAAUGGUAAUACGGUCGAGUGUUCCGCCGAUUUUCACGAUUUUGGCUACUUAAAUUUCACUGAAAAACUUGAGUUGAACCAGUUUCAAGCUCGAUUAGAUCACAGCAUGAAAAACAUGUUUCGCUACUUCGAAGGAGAUAAAGAAAGUGAGAGGAAAAAACUAUUGUACUAUGAUCAAACAACCAUGGAACAGUACAUAUGUGAUUCGCUCCUGUUUUCUACCUCCCGAGAAAUUAUGAGAACCACAGUGAGGCUAGUAUGUGGAGUACCAGCUGACAGUGUGUCAAUUCUUUUUUAUCUUCAUCAAUGUUACAGGACGAGUAGCUCAAGAAAUCAUUUAGAUGGAGACAAUACUAGGCUCAGAGAAAAACUUCUCGGAUACUGUAGGAAACGCUUGGUGAGCCAACUCGAGCAAAGUAUCGAAGAAAUAACUUUACCCAUAAAAUCGAUUAAAGAAAUUCGCACUUACUCAGACGAGCAAGUCAUAUUGUUGACAAUGAUGGGUGAGACAAAUUAUAUAUGCAAUCUAUUAGCCAUGGCAUUGCGUCCUGAUGAACUUCGUAAAAUAAAAGUAGAAGAUCAACUGUUAUCAAAAAAACAUGCGGCUAUAUCUGGAGCGAUGAGUCGUGGACGAGCUAAGAAAUUUGUGAUAGAAUACGAUAACAACUUUUGGGCAGCGCAAGGAUAUAGCGGUGAUAUUUUCAGCGUCAGGGGCCCUAUAAUUUGGGCGAUGGAGAAACCCAAUUUAUCGACAACUGGCAGUUUAGGUCGAUACGUUUCACUAAUAGGCUAUUUGAAAGUGAAAGAUAAUAAUAGAAAUGCAUCUAAUAAUAAAUCUGCUGUAAUCGAACAGCUAGUGAAGCUAUUUGGACCGGAAGCUGAAAAAACUAUUAGUUACAAGGAGACGGAAAUCGCUGAUGUGUUUGUACCACGGUGCGGUGAUUAUGUGGCGCUACGUAAGUUCACGGGAGAAGUCAAUACCAAACUGUUGGAGUGGAGUGCAUUGGAUAUCUUCGCUGAUGGGGACGUGGUUUCCGCCUUACAAGCUGGUCAUGCAGCAUAUCUGCAUUUAUUGACCUACUUGCGACCGCAGGCCCAGACAUUUGAAGACUUAAGCACAGCAAAUUGGCCUACUGUCUUAAACACUGACGCUGCUGAAGAUUUGCUAUCAUACAUGAAUUAUAAGCAAAGUAUCAGAAUAGUAGUUUAUGCGGCUGUAAUAUUUAUUGGUUUUCGUCUAAUUCGAGGUUAUAUGCAGAAAUGAUGCUUUUUAAAAAUUUCUAUUACCUACUGAAAGAAAAAAGAAAGAAAGAAAAUCAUUUAUUGGUUACACAGCAUAGGUAGGUACAUUAAAACAAAACAGAAUAUAAAAAAAAUAACAUAACCACAAAUAAAAACAAAAAAACUAAAUUCAGGUGCUGCUGUGCAGGGCCAACAGGUCGCUGUCUCAGCUAUGCUACUGUGGUAAUACUUUCGCAAUACCACAGCAGCGCUGAUUUUCAGCCAGCGCCUAGUGAUGCCCGAAACGCCAAACAAAUUGCGACUAUACAUACUCGCAUUUUGUACGAGCUACAAAAUUUUAGCGAUUUUAAAUAAAAUAAUAAUAAAAAUAAAAACGUCAAAUAAUAACUUUUGUUCUAUAAAUAAAAUAAAAUAAUGAUAAUACUUAUAAUUAAAACACACUACAUCUAUGGUGGAACUACAUUUACUGAAGGAAAACAAUUUGAUAAUGUCUUUAUUUUCG